AUGGCUACGGGUGACUCAACCCGAUCGCAAGUCACGCCGUACUUGAUUUAUCUCGUGUUUAUUGCCACGUUGGGCCCCCUCCAGUUUGGAUAUCAUCUGGCCGAGCUUAAUGCCCCGCAAGCAGUCGUGACAUGCAACAAGAAAAGUAUUCAUCCCUCCGGCCCUGCCAGAGUGGGCCUGCCCUCAUGCAUUCCCAUGAAUCCCUCCCAGUUCGGUCUGGUCUCAUCAAUCUACACUCUCGGCGGUCUAUUGGGAGCCCUGCUGGCAGGGCCGGUAUCGACCAAGUACGGACGCCGAUUUGCGCUGCUCGCGACAACCGUUUUCUUUGUCCUAGGCCCCAUAGCUGAGACCCUUGCGCCCGGAAUCCCAGUCCUCGCUUUGGGUAGGUUCCUCUCCGGCGUUGGGUCCGGUGCAGCGAUUGUGGUUGGCCCUAUUUACGUAUCUGAGAUUGCGCCGCCAGAAUCUCGAGGUUUCUUCGGCGCAUUUACCCAAGUCAUGACCAAUGUCGGUAUCCUGUUGACCCAAGGCCUGGGAUACUUCUGGAGUUAUGAGAGCUUCUGGCGGUUGAUUUUCGCCGUGGCCGGUUUCAUCGGAGCCUUCGAAUUCCUGGGUCUGUUGCUGGUCCCGGAGAGUCCGACAUGGCUUGCCGAGCACCGCUCUAUGAGUCAGGCUCGCCGGGUUCUGCAGCGCAUUCGCGGCAAGGAUGCCGAUAUCGAAGCUGAGACCCAGACCUGGAGAACUCUGAGUGCUCCUGAAGAGGAAUCCUUGCUGGCUCCAGAGACCGGCACUCUGCCCUCCAAGCAAGAGCCCGUGACUAUAAUGCAGGCCAUUCGAGAUCCCUACUACCGUCCCGCCAUCAUCGCCGUUGUGGGUGUCAUGAUUGCCCAGCAAUUUACCGGUAUCAACAGUAUUAUCAUGUACAGCGUCUCCUUGCUACAGAGCAUCUUGCCCACGACGGCAGCCCUUUUGACCGUAUUGAUUUCAGCCAUUAAUCUCAUCAUGACAUUGGCGUGUUCCCCCUUACCCGACCGGAUUGGUCGGAAGACCUGUCUACUGCUCAGCAUCACGGGUAUGGGCAGUAGCUCGAUCCUAUUGGCGCUCGGGAUCUACUUUAACCAGAAGAUCGCAUCCGCGAUCGCCGCCUUAUUGUUUGUGGCCUGUUUCGCAGUGGGGCUGGGCCCGGUACCCUUCAUCCUGGCCUCGGAGCUCGUAGGCCCCGAGGCGGUGGGUGCGGCGCAAAGCUGUGCUCUGGCGGCCAACUGGACCGCGACGUUUGUAGUCGCGCAGUUUUUCCCUAUGCUGAAUGAUGCGCUCGGGGGCCGCGGGAAGGUAUACUGGGUCUUUGCAGCGAUGGCGGGGCUCCUAGGUGCAUUCAUUUACCGCUGGGUUCCGGAGACCAAAGGCAAGGCGAAUGCUGAUGAGGUUUGGGGUCGGAUGGAUCGACGAGAAGACUAG